AUGAAUAAGUUGUGGCGUGGCCACGCCCCAGGACCUUCGCCAGCCGUCGGCCGCUCCAAUGUCGAUGCUUUUCUGGCCACACUCUCCCCCUGGGAUCUCCUGUAUCUUCGCGGCAAGUUUCGCAGCGGCGGCAUCCCCGUUACUGGUCUGGCUGGACUACCAGAUCUGCCCGCCGAGAUACUCUCCUUGAUCGUCAUACAGCUCACGCUAGACGACAUUGCGAACUGCCGGCUGGUGAGUCGCGACUGGUACUCGUCGUGGACCCAAGGAGCCGUCAUCACAGCACUGAGUCAUUUCUUCUUCCCCGGCCUCAUAGAGAAGCAUAAACAGCUCGGCAACCCUCAAUCACCACAGAAACUUGUCCAGGCGUCCAUGGCAAAGGCCCUUCGAAGACGGCACGCCCGGCCAAGCCGCUCAUCCUUCAUCCUCUGGAGAGAGCGACACUGUCCGGUGUUCAAAAGGCCCGGAGAAGAAGCAGAAGAGCCUUUGAAUCGUUGUCGCUUAUCUUUUAUGUCAGAGGGACCGGGUGCUUUCUACGACAGGGGCCGCCUGGCAUGGCAGGCAAACGAUCUCAAGAUUGUCGUGGACGAUUUGCGCACAUGUGAACGCCACGACUGUAGCUUGACAGAAAUGCAUCUUCGGGGCCAAAACUUGAUGAUUCAGGGAAUGUCGCGUGAGCUUCUCGUGUUUGUUGCGAAGCGAGGUGGCGCUGGAUCCAACUACAAUACGAUGCAAAUAUGGCACACCGAUCUGAAAGACUGGAGGCGUGUUACGCUACCUGGCCCUUUUGCUAGAUGUUUUGUCCAAGGCGAGCGAGUAGCAUUCGUCACAAGACAACAUUUGGUGGUAGCUUGGUCCUGGAAGGGCGGGGCUACCGAGAUCGACGUAUCUGGGGAGAUGAAUCGGCCGCCCGAGGACUAUGAAGGCCCGAGGUCACGCCCUGGUGUGAUAUUGCACCCCGAGAAACUAGACACGUUAUAUGUGGCGUCUAUGUUUGGGUCAAAACUGGAUUCCGGCGGAAUUGGACAAUCUCAGAAACGCCGCUUUUUGAUGUCUGUGGUUCGCUACGAAGGUGGUCAACCAACCAAAAGAUGGCAGGAACUCGUCCAGGAAGACUCGCUAAGCAACACUUACGACGACCACGACUCCAUACAAUUUCCCUUCCAGGUCACACUGCCAUGUUCGAAAAUGGGCCCCAAUGGGCUAUACAAUCUCGGCACAGUACUUACGGCCAGCGAUUUGGGAAUUGACCCUGUACAAAUCGUAGAACUCGCGACUACAGCAUUCAACGUCUACAAGGAGUCAUUCAUACAGCGCAAGUUUGUGGAAAGCGGUGGAAAUGGCAUCAUCAACCGGUUGCAGUUACACUAUGAGCCGUCGCUAUUUGGCCCAUGCGAUCAGGAGGAGCUGCUGACGACAUGGUCACAGGAGCACGCUUCCAUCCCUCGGUUGGUGCAUUUGGACUCUGCAGAUCGACGACCAGACCCUGAUAAGGUGGCGGCGGAUGAUGUCGUCUUGUUUCUGAAGGAAUUGGAUAAGUGCGUGCCAGUGUCGGAGCAUUGCUGGAUAUUGGGCGACGAAGACUUUCAGAUACACGUCACGUCGCAGGGUAUCUUGGUGUGGUCAUUUACCGAGGAGACGAGGUUGCCGGUUAUGAAUGGUCCAAGGAGCCUGGAGGGACCUCAAGGCUGA